AUGGACUCGUUCUAUAUCACGCCAAACUCUUCACUGGCACAAACUUUGUUUGUUGCUAGUUCAUUGAUACUGCCCAUAGUUCUCAUCUUCAUCCUCUCGCGUAAGAUCAGCGAUCGAUAUGUAGCCAAGUCUACACCACCUCUGCCAGCCACCGAUGAGAUUGUACGCCUGCGAGUGUACCCAGUGAAGUCAUGCCGGGGCUUCGAUGUGAAAUCGACAGAACUUCUACGGACAGGUCUAGAUCUGGAUCGUAACUGGAUGUUUGUCACCGUUGAUAAACACGAAUUCAUCACCAUCAGAGCGAACUCCAACAUGACUCUCAUCACGACAGCUUGGGAUGCUGACACCGAUACACUUACAAUUGCGCUGAAUGAACAUAAAAUUGAAAUACCGGCCCAUCCCAGCACGCAGUGGCUUGAGAAGAACACAGAACUGAAUAAGGCAGGCAUUUGGGGCGAGCAAACUGACGCUUGGGUAUACUCAGACACCCUCACGAAGCCCAUCUCCGAGUUCCUGAACAUGGAUGUCCGUCUGGUAUACAAAGGACCUACGCCUCGAGUACUACGUGGUAGCGGAGCCCCUCAGCGUCUGGGUCGUACGGAAUCCACCAAAUUUGCUGACAUGAUGCCUGUGCUGGUAAGUCAAAUGAGUUAUCGAUCAGCAGGCCUUGAACUUCUGCUAACGCGAGAUACGCAAAAGGUUGCUUCUAUGGCGAGCAUGGCCGAGUUAAACGACCGUCUCGCUGAUGCCGGGGAGGACAAGAUCGAAAUCGAGCGCUUCCGCCCAAAUAUCAUCAUCCGCGGCAGUGUGCCCUGGAUCGAAGAUGGAUGGAAGACUCUCCAAAUAGGAGAAGGUGAAAAUCGCCUUGAUCUCGACGUAGUUUGUCGCUGCCUGCGAUGCCAGGUGCCCAAUGUUCACCCUAUCACGGCCGCCAAGCACCCACGCCAGCCUUGGAACCAGCUGAUGAAGUACCGAAGAAUUGACCCUGGACUCAAGUUCAAGCCAAGCUUUGGAAUGCUUUGCGCACCAAGUGUCGAGGGUCACCUUGAAGUUGGGAUGAAGUUCCAGGUUACUGCCAUGACAAAGGAGCACUUCUUUAUAAGCCCGAUGAAAUAA